AUUUCAUAUUUUACUCAGCUUAUAAUAUGACUCGAUGGAGGAAAAUUUGAUAAGCAUGAGGGAAGACCAUUCUUUUCAUGUUCGUUACAGAAUGGAAGCUUCUUGCCUAGAACUGGCCUUGGAAGGGGAACGUCUGUGUAAGUCAGGAGACUGCCGUGCUGGUGUGUCCUUCUUUGAAGCUGCAGUUCAAGUUGGAACUGAAGACCUAAAAACACUUAGUGCUAUUUACAGCCAGCUGGGCAAUGCUUAUUUCUAUUUGCAUGAUUAUGCCAAAGCAUUAGAAUACCAUCAUCAUGAUUUAACUCUAGCAAGGACUAUUGGAGAUCAGCUGGGGGAAGCCAAAGCUAGCGGUAAUCUGGGAAACACCUUAAAAGUUCUUGGGAAUUUUGAUGAAGCUGUAGUUUGUUGUCAGCGACACCUAGAUAUUUCCAGAGAGCUUAAUGACAAGGUGGGAGAAGCAAGAGCACUUUACAAUCUUGGAAAUGUGUAUCAUGCCAAAGGGAAAAGUUUUGCCUGCCCUGGUCCUCAAGACAUGGGAGAAUUUCCAGAAGACGUGAGAAAUGCUCUGCAGGCAGCUGUGGAUUAUUAUGAGGAAAACCUAUCACUAGUGACUGCUUUGGGUGACCGAGCAGCCCAAGGACGUGCCUUUGGAAAUCUUGGAAACACACAUUACCUCCUUGGCAACUUCAGGGAUGCGGUUAUAGCCCAUGAACAGCGUCUCCUUAUUGCAAAAGAAUUUGGAGAUAAAGCAGCUGAAAGAAGAGCAUAUAGCAACCUUGGAAAUGCAUAUAUAUUUCUUGGUGAAUUUGAAACUGCCUCUGAAUACUACAAAAAGACACUACUAUUGGCUCGACAGCUUAAAGACAGAGCUGUAGAAGCACAGUCUUGCUAUAGUCUCGGAAACACAUACACUUUGCUUCAAGACUAUGAAAAGGCCAUCGAUUAUCAUCUGAAGCACUUAGCAAUUGCUCAAGAGCUGAAUGAUAGAAUUGGUGAAGGAAGAGCAUGUUGGAGCUUAGGAAAUGCAUACACAGCUCUAGGGAAUCAUGAUCAAGCAAUGCAUUUUGCUGAAAAGCACUUGGAAAUUUCAAGAGAGGUUGGGGAUAGAAGUGGUGAACUAACAGCACGACUGAAUCUCUCAGAUCUUCAAAUGGUUCUUGGUCUGAGCUACAGCACAAAUAAUUCAAUAAUGUCUGAAAAUAUUGAAAUUGAUAACAAUUUGCAUGGUGCACGCCCGAAGUUUGGACGCCGACACAGUAUGGAAAACAUGGAACUUAUGAAGUUAACACCAGAAAAGGUACAGAACUGGAACAGUGAAAUUCUUGCUAAACAAAAACCUCUUAUUGCCAAACCUUCUGCGAAGCUGCUCUUUGUCAACAGAUUGAAGGGGAAAAAAUGCAAAACUAAUUCCUCCACUAAAGUUCUCCAAGAUGCCAGUAAUUCCAUUGAUAAUCGAAUUCCAAAUUCUGAGAGGAAAAUCGGUGCAGAUAUUAUUGGAGACGAAGGGUUCUUUGACCUGGUAAGCCGAUUUCAGAGCAAUCGGAUGGAUGAUCAGAGGUGCUGCUUACAAGAACAGAGCUGCGGGACUGCUUCAGCUGCGGCUUCUUCCACUCCACCUCGAGUGAUGAUGAAAGCACCGUCUGUUUCCGUGGUGUCCCCCAACACAGAUGAGUUUUUAGACCUUCUUGCCAGCUCACAGAGCCGUCGUCUCGAUGACCAAAGGGCCAGUUUCAGUAAUUUGCCAGGGCUUCGUCUGACACAAAACAACAAUAAGUCCGUACUUGGCCACUUGAUGACUAAUGACAACAAAGAGCCUGAUGAAGACUUCUUUGACAUCCUUGUAAAAUGUCAAGGGUCCAGAUUAGAUGAUCAAAGAUGUGCUCCACCACCUGCCACCACAAAGGGACCAACAGUACCAGACGAGGACUUUUUUAGCCUGAUUUUACGUUCUCAGGCGAAAAGAAUGGAUGAACAGAGAGUUCUUUUACAAAGAGAUCAAAACAGAGAUGCCGAAUUUGGGCUGAAAGACAUUUUGCAAAGUAAUGCUUUGUUGGAAUUUAAAAAUACAGGAAAAAAAUAAACCACUAGUUAUUACGGAUAUAUUUUUUUAAAUGACCUUAUUUCCUUUCAGAACACUGCAGGGAAACUAUUUUUUUCCUUAAAAGGAGAAAUUAUAGCACUGUAAUACAGCUUAAAAUGUUUUUAGAAUGAUGUAAAUAACCUUUAAUAGUAUAGCAUUAAUUCACAUUUCUCUGGACACUCGUUUCAGGGUGGAGGUGUCUUCUACAAGGUGCUUCAUCAACUUUUUUGAAUAAUGCUUGGGAUUGUGUUCUUUGGCAACUUUUUAGAUUCCUUUACCUAGUGUUUGUAAAGUGAUAAUUUUUUUAACUCUUGAUGAUGGCAUUUUUUAAAUACUGAACCGUGGAUAUAGUAAGAAAUUAGGCUGUUUAGUAAACAAUAACAUACUUGACCAAUGUGUAAAAAAGUUAUAUAGUCUUUAUUAAAAGAAUCUAGAUCUUUUUUCUGCUAAAAAUCCUAUUUUCAGUAUGUUAUUAGUUCAAACCCAUUAUAAAAACAGCUCUAAGAAAUAAACUUUUAGCAUGUUCUGGACCCUUGAAUUUUAAAGUGUGUGUGGCUUAAAAUUAUAUCUUCUGUUGCAAAAUACUGUUUAAGACCUAAUAUCAAAAAACAAACCCAAACUCCUGUGGUUGUAUCAAGAACCUAGGCCAUGAAAAUAGAGAACACAUGAAAACUCACAAAAUUUAAGUAUGAAAAAUGUAGGUUAAGCUCUCAGUCGUCAUUAAGCCUCCCUUCAUCUCAGGAACUGAAGGCAGUUUACAAGGGUACUCAAUACGACAUGACAGGAAGUAAAUUUAGCAAAAGAAGACAGCAAGGAUGGGACAGGCUAAGGCUGAAUUGUAAAAUGCAAAUGCCCACACCCAGAACUCAUUCACCUCUGGUUGCUUUUGAUUCUGCACAGCUGGGAUGGUAUCUGGGGCUCUGGGCCUCUGUCUUUCUCAAAGUCCUUCAGAUGACUUGAUGGGCAGUGAGAAUCACUUCUCCAAAUGGCCAAUGUUCACAAAAAUAAAACAGAAGAAAGUUACUCGAUCUGGAAUCACAUUAAAGGCUCAGGAAAAAAAAAAGUAUUCUUGGUUCUAAGAUCAGACAAAUUUUGUCAAAAGUACUCUGUUAACACCUGGAUCACUUUAUGAUGUAUAUAUUAUAUAUAGGAUAUAAUGUCCUAGAUAGCGUCCUUUUAAAACCUGUAUGUAAGUUUCAUGGGUUUUUUCUUAUAAGCAUAUUCAAUGAGCAAAGACAGCAUACCAAACCACAAUAAUGUAAAAUAUUUUUUGUAUACUGCAGUUAAGAGCCUGUAAACAUUCAUUAAUUCCAUUUAAAAACUGCUUUUAAAAAGCUGUAUACCUUACUGAUUUUCCUAAAAGCCUGUUGCUACAAUUCUUGAUUUUGAUAAAUAUGAGCUGGACAAUAAACAAGCCUAUUACUCCAA